AUUUACAAUGAACAAAGGCAUCAACGAUCUUCUUCAACUUUUGGAGAAGGAAACUGCUAAGGCUAGUAGGAAGAAGAAACAGUACCCAGAGAAGAAGCUCACUAAAGAUGACAAGUAUAGUUUCAAACCAAAGAUUAAUAAGAAAUCACAACGUAUUUCUGAUAGGUUGGACCAUCACAAUCCUCACAGUGAUCGUAUCAAUAAGCCAACUUAUCUGAUUAACCGAAGACAUAAAUAAUGAUGAAGAACUUAAAGAGGAAUAUCCAGAGAUUGAAUAUAAAAGAGAGUUAAAGGAGUGCACUUUUACUCCAGGACUCAACAAGGAAACAUACAGGAUAGUCUCAAACCAAGAUGAUAGGGAUACUUUCAAUACUCUAUACAGUCAAGCUCAGAUUAUCUCCAAGCAGAAAGAAGAUUUACUAAAGGAGACUGAAGAGCAGAGAAUCCAGGAUGAAAUUGGUCAAUGUACAUUCAAACCAAAUAUAUCUCCUCUGGAAGGGCUUGACUUGGACAUUCAGGUACAAGAGAAUGAAUAUAAAAUUGAAGAGAGAGCUUUAAAAUAUGUACAAGAGAGGAACAAAAGAAUAGAAGAAAAUGAGAAAGAAAAAGCUAAUGAGCUGGAUGAAGAAUGCACCUUCCAGCCCAAGACAUAUCAGAGGAAGCCAUAUGAUCUAGACAUUGAAAAGCAUAUAAAUGUCCAGUCCAUUGAUAAGCACCUCGAAAGAAUGAUGAUAGCUAAGGAGAAAAAGAGCAAUAUUGAAAAGCAAUGGAGCGAUAAGGCCGGAUCGGGCAAACAUUGGAAAGGUGAAAUGACUAUUCCUAAAGCUCCACAGCUUGUCAACAGAAUGAAGUAUGGCAAGGGAACUAAAGCUCUUGACAAGCCUGUUAGCAUUCAUGAAACCGUUGGAAAUAUUGAAGCAUCUACAUCCUCUCUAAAGAGACACAAUAAUUAUCCCCAGACUGUUAUUGCUCAGGAAAUAGAGUCUAAGAGCUCUCAAGCCAAACUAUUAAUGAAGAAGAAAAAUGAGAAAGAAAAUGAACUCCUGAAGAUAGGAGAUAAGCUUGACUAUGAAAGCGCUCAAUGGAAGAUCCAUAACUACAUUCUUGCACUUGAUGUGUAGAUUUGUCCCAUAAACUACAUACCA